UACACUCGCUGCAGGCUGGGCAGUGUUCGGAUUGGACUAUUGACACGAUGGGACAAACAAAGCCUGAAUACCUCCAACCCUAUACAUCGGCUGCACCAUCGCACUAUCUUCGUCACAAGAAUGGCUGGCCACAUUUCAUCACCUUUGUACUGAGCUUCUCUAGCGACGAUGCACCUUCGAUGCCAUUCCUGAGGAAGAGACUGGAAGAUAUGCAGGUCAGGUAUCCGGAUACCAGACUGUCACUGGUUGAAAGACCCCGACCCGAGUCGCAUACACUCUACUGGAGUCCUGUUAGCUGGCAUCAACAAGAUGAUGCAUGGCCAAUCAAUCACAUCUUACAGGAGCUCGACUCUGCUCCAGCCUCUUCUCUGGACGCUUAUCGAAUCGCUAUCCAUCUGGCCGAACAACGAUCGCUGGUCGAUUGUCCUCUAUUCGUUGUCCAUCGCCUGGUCGGCCCUAGACAGACAUUCAUCUGCUUAUCGGUAUCUCAUACGCUCACUGAUGGCAUCGGAGCCAGCAACAUGUUACGUGCCAUCAUUGAACCGGAAUUAGAGCAGUUUUCAGAUGAAUCUCAAAAGGGAUUCUUCAAUGGCAACCUCGGCAAGCCUCCGCAGGUGGCGCCCUUGAAGCCCUACGAGCCGUUCAAGCCGGACAUCAAAGGGGAAAACCGUGACGAUUUGGCUAAGAAGGAUGCUCCCAUAUGGCCGGCGUCAGCCGAUGAUUUCAAGAUACACCCAUCUUCAGAUCUGCCAUCGCAAUUCGUGGACGUACACUUCUCCGCAGAUACAAUCAAAUCGCUUUCAACAAAGGCAAAAAGUGUGCAGAUAGCCACACUCAAUACCGUUUUCCUGUCUACCUUCGUCAUGGCUGUCAUAGAGGUCAUGGGCAUCAAAGACAGACGCCUCCAGUCUGUCGUACCCGUCUCGUUCCGGAAGAAAGCCGAGAAUCCGCUUUUCUUUGGCUCGUUCACCACCGCCCUGGACAUCAUCACCCAUUGCACUCCGAAGACGUCCACUUGGAGCUUUAUUAGGGAGUUCAGCGUACCUGCCAAUAAGCAGGUAGCGGAGGCGAUAGAAGCACGACAGAAGCCCAAGGUGGAUGACGAUCGGAAAACCAAGAGUCCUGUGUUCGAUGCGGAAUCUGCGAUGCAACGAGACCUCGAUAGGUUAAAAUCGGAUGCCGCUUAUAUGGACAGCAUCGUUUGGAGUAAUUUGGCAAGAUUGAGUUGGCUAGAUAAUGUUCAUGGUUGUAACGACGUGCUAUGGGGUCAGAGCACUGCCAUGUUCUUCGCCCCGAUCUGUAUGAGUGUAGUGGGAUGGAAAGGAGGAAUGAGGAGCGUCUGUGGCUUCAAGGAGGGGUCCGGUUUCACCAGUGAGCAGGUGGCGACCAUCAUCGCUCGAUGGGAGGAGAUAGUACAGGAGGCUGUCGAUGCCGACGUGAAGGGCGAUGUUUUGGAUGUUCCAUGAGCAUAUGAUCAGUAUGGUAGUCGUCCCGGAGGAUCUUUUGGUGAACCGCAUGCAUGAUAAUAGUAUCACUGCC